UGGACAUUACACCCACAGACACAUAGAGAUGAGCUCUGUCUUUGGACUGAAAACACGGAAUUUCAUGCACUGGAUUUGAGAAAUUUGGGAUUCUUUCUCCAUAUGAGGAAGAAAAUCUUGAAAACACCUUGUCUCCUCCUGAGUCUGGUAACAGGUUUGAAUCUUUGCUCUGGAAAAUUUGGAUCACCAAUAACUGAUGAUGUGAACAAGCUCCCAGUGUUGAAGCAGAAUAUCCCCUAUGAUUAUGAGAUUCCUGUUAGUUACAUUCCCAAAGAAGUGGCUGGCACGUGCUGGGUGGUGUUAAAUAUCUAUCCAUUGGAGCAAAGCCUUCGGAAGCUGGCCAACAUGUUUGGCACCAUCUCCUCCAACAAAGACAACAUACUCCUUUUCAUUGCAAUGCUCAAAAGUUUACGCUUCACCUUUGACCACGACCGGCUGGAAACGGCGAUGCAGAGCUUCCAGUGUCACUAUCAGGAACAGAGCUUACUGACAGGUCCUUACUUUGACUACAUCAGAGACUUCUUACAUACUGCUGCUCAAGGAACACCUGACUUCUCCUGUGAGCCACCACCAUGCCUUAGUACUGAACAAACACCAGGGGUCCAGGAGGAGAAUCGCGGGCAGGCUUGGUCGAGGAGAUCUCCCCUGCUUUUGGUUCUCAUCCCCUUCAUAGCUUGUGUUGCUCUCAUGGUGUGGUUGGUCAAGUCUGGAAGGCGUUUACCAGUGUGCAACACUGAAAAUAGCCAAAUGGAACCUUCUGACAUGAUCCCAACUGUGUCUAUCUCCAUCCCACUUCAAACACUCACCCACGCUGCUGACGCUCAGCCAGAGAGGGAGGCGAUCGCUGAACAUGAAAGUGGAUGAAGCACGAUUAAUGAAGGAAAAAAAAAAAAUGGACAGCAGCAUACCAACUCACUCUCCAGUCAGCUGGAUAAAUGAGUGGUCUCCUCUGCUUUCACAUAUCUGAGUGCAGGGUCCACAGCUACUGUACAGGAGCAAACUCAUCUACUGUGGUGGCAGGUGUACCACAAAAUUCCCCCGGCGCUUUUUUUGGUAGCUGGUUAUCUUUCAAAAUGCCUGGCAAAACACAUUUUCUUGCCUUGGGUGGUGGUUAACUGGUUUUGGCUGACCUAUUUUGUGAAGACCAGGUUCAGCUUUUGUUUUUUUUUUUCUCUCCUCACACUCUGAACUAAUAUCUUUAAGGGGGCUGUGCUUCACUUCGGAGCUGCAAUAAAAAUAAAAAAACCGCUGGAGCUUAUAAUCCUAUUAUCAUCACAUGUCAUCGACUUGUUGACUGUGUCCGGGCGGUAGCCAAGACUGCCAUUUCACUGCUUCACAACAACCUGCUCCUGUAUCCUGAUUUCUACAAGCAGUAAAAGAAGUGCAGUCAUAUUAAUGUCAUCUGAAAGGAAACAGCUGAAAUGCUGUUGCUGCAUUUCAGCUAAUACAGCUUGUCCUGUACUUGUUGUUGUUGUAUUAUGUUCUGCGAUCUGUCACAAAUUACAAACCUGCUACUCACAAACAACACGCUGAGCAGUUCAACAAGUGUCCUACUUUGUGUAUCAAAGAUCUGACCAGAUGGCAGAUAGCCAUCGCCAGAGGCACUUUGAAUCCAGUCAUUGUAUUUUCAAAGCCGUUGCCCAGUGAUCUAUAGCUGCUGCUCAGCCACAGUGAGUGUGUUAGAGGUUUUAAUGCCUUAUUCACUGGGUCAAUCAUGUUCAGUCAUGAGAACAUGACUCCCCGAGUGUGAGCGCUCUUGUAGUGCAUGUGUCAGAGACGGCGCAAGAGACAGUGCAGACAGGACAAGGGAAAGUGAGGGAGAUAGGGACUGAUAGAUGGAUGGACGGAUGAGCUCAGUGAGAAGCAUAAGGAGGGCUUGUUCUCGUCACAAAAGAACUGGCCGUAGGCUGGAGGAAAUGCCACUUACAAACACGACUGAUGUCCACAGAUCCUUAUGAAUCAACAGGCUAAGAAUCCUUCUAGACCGCAGGCUACGUAGCCUCAUCUACAGAGGCUGGUUAGUAUUUCAAUAACAGUUGACUGUAUUUGAAUGAUUAACUUCCAAAACACGCCAGUGAAAUAUG